AUGCAUAGUAGACAACAUCUAUCAAUAAAGUACCUUGAUGGACCCAAAUUGGAUUCAACUCAAGUUCGUCGUAAGAGCUGUGUUUGUGAAUAGUGUGGGACUACUGCUCCAAAAGAAGAUCGUCUACCUAAUUAAUUAUGUGAAAUAGCCUACCACAAAUAAGAAAGAUUAGCUGAAGUCUUUCUAAGUAAAUUAGAAGGAGCAAGACGAUAUAUGAGAAAUGAUCAUAAAAAAAGAAACUUUCGAAUAUAUGCCAAAAAUCCACUAUUUAUACUACGUUCUUAACCCGAUCUGGAAGAAAGUAUGCAUCUUCCAACAUCACCAACAAAGACUCAUACACCUGAAAAAGAACGUUUAAAGACUGAGCAACCUUAAAUUGCUCCAUAUAAAUCAUAUAAAUAUGUUCCAACUUCAAAUUGCUUUCUAUAAAAUAUGAAGCAAUAAGUUAUGCGUUCAAACAAAACAAUUAAUCGAUUAUUAACUGAUAGAAAGGCAAUUUAAUCAUUUCAGUCUUCCACUUCUGACAGAUUAUUAGUCACUAAAUCUCCUUAAAAAAAUAAAAGAAGCUUUAUUAAAUAACUUAAGCCUCUUCCAAAAUAGAAAUUACUUUAAACUAAAUUUGACUGUAUGAUUAGAUAAUUCUUUAACUCAUCUAAAGCCAAAUAAUACUGA